UGAUUGCAGAAUAAACACAAAAGAGAAAGUGGGUAGAAAAUGAAUGAAGGAAGGAAACGAGACAGCUCAUGUACCUUGAGGCAUGAGGCACCUCCAAAGUAAUAUGUGAAUAAUGUGAUUGAGUUAUCGAGUGAUGUGGUGUUCAUUUUAUUAUACACACAUUUUUUCUGAGGUUGACAUUAAGUCACAGAAAAAAGGCUGCGAUAAACAACAACGACUUAUCCAAAACACAGAGAGAGAGGGAGAGAAUGGCGAACAUACCGUCGUCACUGUCUCUGCAAUUCUCAAAUUCAUUCCCGCUUCCUUUUUCCAAAUUCUCACCCAAACCUCACCUUCUCCGCAACCACCACCACCGCCGCCGCUUCUUUCUCUUCACAACCCGCGCACAAUCCGAUCCUGACGAGUCCUCCCAACCCGAAUCUGACCCGCCCGCCGCUCCCGACGACGACGACAUCGAGAACCGCAUCAACCAGCUCCGUGUCCGUUACCGGAGUGGCACGGGGAAGAAAGCAGAGGCUCGAAAGGGCCGCAAGUCCAAGAAGGGAUCCUCCUCCACCUCCGGAUCCGGCGUGUUCUUGCCACCGGUACCACUGAAAGAACCGGUGUCCGGCGGAUUGAAGGUAGACUUCGGGUUCAGCGCAUACAGCGAGAGGUUAAACGGUCGAAUUGCGAUUCUAGGGUUAACGGCGCUGUUGCUGGUGGAGCUGGCAACGGGGAAGGGAGUGAUAAACUACCACACACCAGCCAUUAUUCUUAUUCAGAUCUAUUUCGUGGCCGCAGUUUCUGCCCUCUACAUCAAGUACGAGAAGGAGAAGAUAAGCGUUUGGCCCCAGUCCUCAACUAACAAGUAAACUUCAACCGCAAAGGCUUUUCUUUUUUCUGGCCAGGGAUGCUAUUUAUAAUUUAACUGUGCUAUCUUAUAUAUAUAUAUAUAUUGUUGAGCUUCAAUUUUGUUCAUGUAAUAACUAAUACUAUGGGAAAGUAAAUAUGUAAAGCAGAUAUAUUGGUUCAUAUCAUGGCAUGGAAAUAAAUUGAAGGCGAUUUUAUUA